CUGUGCGAACACACUGGUGUGUCGUAGUUCACUUUCAUAAUCACUUCAGCAUGUACUGACAGCGUGACAUCUGAAUCCCAAUGGAGCGCCAACAACAAAUUAUAAAAACUAUGAUAAAAAUCAUAGUUAUUGUUUUGCACUGUAGAGGUUCCUCGGCUGACGAGACAAGGAAGCUCAGUGUCUUGGUGGGCACGGAUGUAACUGUCAGCUGCCUGUUCAACAAACUGUCUAAGUUGGUGGACUGGAGCACUCUCACAAUUGAGUGGAACAUGGUGGAUAAACAUGCAGAGAAGAACAUUGUGUACACCUUUGAGGAUGGGAGCGUACAUGUAUACAGAGAUGGCUCCGUUGUGGAUAAAAUGGGAUUGCUUCAAAGCAAUGCAUCUCUGCAGCUGCAUAAUGUGACUGUGGGAGAUGAAGGACUAUACACCUGCAGGAUCAUCACACCUGUGGUCUACACAGAGACCACUUCACUAGAAGUGCUGGCUCGGCCAUCACUGUCCGUACCAGAAAGAGCAGCAGUGACAGAAGGGGAGGAAAAGACCAUACAGUGUGACAUCACAGGUUUCUACCCAGAGAAACUGGACGUGACAUGGUACUUUCAAAAUGGCUCCCGAACCAUCCAUGCAGGUAUAAGCCACUUUUCCCGUGUAUGCACCGAAAUGGCUGUUCACAAUGCAGAUGGCACCUACAGUAUACGCAGCGGCAUCACAUUGCACUCCUCAGCAGUCAAGGGAUGGAGAGAUGCGCAUCAUCUGCCAGGUGGAUCACCGCACCUACACCCGGCCACACAACAGAUCUGUCAUCCUGACUGUUCAAGCUCCAUCACAGCCUCUUUAUAACGCUGUCACACUGAUAGCUGUCACUAGUGCCAUCAGUUUGCUGAUGGUAACCUCUGUUAUUGGAGGCACUCUGCUUCUCUACAUGUAUUUCUGCAAAGCUCCGCCAAGUGUUUCUGAAAUAAGCCAAUCUGGCAUCAUAUAUGCUCAGGUGCCAAGUGAACUCAAAUGCACCAUCCAAGGAGCAAGACAGCGAGAGAUCAGAGUGAAAUGGUUUAAACUAAGGAGCGGUGCAGACUCAGUGGUUGAGUCAGAAUCAAUUCCUCUAAUGGUCAGUGAGGAUCUGAGCGAAGAGGCUUGUCUGCAUUCAGAUGGGAAACACCACACAUCUGUCCUGACCGUGUGUCUGACUGUGACUGAAGACCUGAACAAAUACCGGUGUAUAGUGCUCUGCAGGGGCAAGACCUUUAACAGAGAGACCACAGUCAGGGUAAAAGUGGAGCCAUCUUUCCUCCAGAUCUCCAGCAUCCCUCAGAUCCCUAAGGUGGAGCGGCUGCUGAUUCUCUGCUGUCGGGUAGAGAACUUCUACCCCCAAGACAUCAACCUGGAGUGGUCCAGGAAUGACUGGGGAAGAGGUCCGCACUGUCACACACUUUGGACCAUUCUCUGACCACAAUCACCUCUACAGCGUGUGGAGUAAGAUCCAGCUGGUAAUGGCCAGAGAAGAUGAGAGGGCUGUCUAUACCUGCCGUGUUUACCACUCCAGCUUCCCUGCUCCGGGCUAUAAAGAUGUCCUGUACCACAUCAACACUAAAGGAACUGCUCCUAAUGUGAUGUUCAUCAACUGUGAACCGCUGUGUCCUCUGCUGAGGGAAGAGUGUACACUGCACCUGUGCAUCAAAGAUUUCUGUCCUGAGGACGUAUCAGUGACUUGGACUAAAGACGAAGAAACAGUUCUCUCUGACGUCUUCAACACUCCCCCCAGCCUGAACAUCAACGGCCUCUACUCUAUGUUCAGUUUUCUAAAACUCACUCCCACAAAGGACGACAGGGGCUCCAAAUUCAGGUGCCGGGUGGUCCACAGCGCUCAGAAGGAGCCUGAGGAGAGGUUCUUCACACUGCCGACCAUGCACCUGACAGAUGGCUCCUGAUGUCGCAGUGUAAACUGUUGUAUUUCAACCUAGUAGUUUGAUUGGUACAGGUCAGUAGAGUUAAAUCAGCAUCUGGGAAAUAUAAUGGGCUUACCAUAUCUAGUCCAGUCAUUGCUGUCCACCUCACUUAUGAUGGAUAUUGCCUCUUGUUUUUUAGUAUUAAGUAUCAAAGAUGAGCUUAUUUUUAAAAUAACAAUUUAGUAACAUUUAUAUUGUAUUUUAUGUAGAAAAACUUUUGGUAAACAUUUUAUUUUAUGGGUUUAUAAUAUCUUUUUUUAAAUAUCUUGGGAAGUUUCCUGGAAAUAACUAUGAAAUUUAUAGAGAAAAUAAAACUUUCUUCUCCAUCUAAAUCCAAGUAAGUAUUAUUCAUUUUUUGGUCUAUG